AAGCCUCUGUGCAGGCUGCAUGUUUGUCCACUCACAGAUCUUUUCUCUGCCUCUUUAAUUCACAGGUUUUUGGCAACUUUAAUGGAUGAUACAUUGAAUGUGACAUAUUUAACUUUUGGUGGACAUGUAGAUGUUGACAGAUACAGAUAUGUUUAUUUUGUGAUCAUGUUCACAAUAUAUAUUCUGAUAAUCUGCAGUAAUUCUGUUAUUGUGUAUCUCAUCUGGGUUCACCCAAACCUCCAUGAGCCUAUGUACAUUUUCAUUGCAGCUUUGUUAAUCAACUCUGUUCUUUUCAGCACGACCAUCUACCCAAAGCUUCUGAUUGACUUUUUAUCUGACAAACAGAUUAUAACUUAUCAGGCCUGCCUUGUUCAGUUUCAUAUGUUUUACUCUUUAGGUGGUUCAGAGUUCUUAUUGUUGGCAGCUAUGGCCUAUGACAGGUAUGUGUCCAUAUGUAAACCUCUGCAAUAUCCAACCAUCAUGGGCAAAACCACCGUGAGUAUUUUCUUGGUUUCAGCUUGGCUUCUGCCUGCCUGUCAGCUCGUACUGCCAACUGCAAUGAGCGCCAAAGAAAAACUCUGUCGAUUUAUUUUAAAUGGAGUUUUUUGUAAUAACACAAUUUACAAACUUCAGUGUGUAAUAUCACAAGCACGUUUUGUACGAGAUAUGGUCAUCCUGCUUAAUGUUGCACUUGUCCCUGUGCUUUUCAUACUGUUUACAUACACCAGGAUAUUUGUAAUAUCCUAUCGCAGCAGUAAAGAAGUCAGGAAAAAGGCUGCACAGACCUGUUUACCUCACCUCAUAGUUUUAAUCAACUUCUCCUGUUUGUGUGCUUUUGAUGUCAUUACAGUCCAGCUAGAAGCUGAUUUUCCAAAAACUGUUCGUUUUAUAAUGGCUUUACAGAUAGUCAUGUAUCACCCUCUCUUUAAUCCGAUCAUGUAUGGACUAAAAAUGAAAGAAAUUCAUAAACACCUCAAAAGGUUGUUCUUCCCAGCCAGGAUUAAAUGACAUAUAAACCCUGA